CAGUUGGAGAAGAGCGAGAAGCGAGAUGAAUUCCGUGCAACAACCGGCCCAGCACAGGUCUCCGGCCUCCCUCCUGCACCUGCCUCAUCCUAAACGCGCCCAGGAGGCUCCAGACAUGGGACUUUAUUGUGACAACUUCAUGUUCUCUCAGCAGAACCUGCACCACAGCCAGAGGGCCCCCAACUUCAGCAUCGGGGGGGAAUUCACCCCUCCAGCUAAUCCUUACCUGUGGCUGGGGGGUCCUGGGAUGAAUAACGCCCCCAAUUACAGCCCUGCCCCUGCUCCUUACAUUCCCUCUGCUUUCAGCGCCCCCCAGCGGCAGUUCAUGGCCAACUCUGCAGCCUUUGGUGGAGCCGAUUUGGGUUGGAUGUCGGCGGCUUCCCAGGAGGAGCUUCUCAAGAUGGUGAGACCCCCUUACUCGUACUCUGCCCUCAUCGCCAUGGCCAUCCAGAAUGCCUCAGACAAGAGGCUCACCCUGAGUCAGAUUUACCAAUAUGUGGCAGAAAACUUCCCUUUCUACAAGAAGAGCAAAGCAGGCUGGCAGAACUCCAUCAGGCACAACCUGUCCCUCAAUGACUGCUUCAAGAAGAUGCCAAGGGAUGAGAAUGAUCCAGGAAAAGGAAACUACUGGACUCUGGACUCCAACUGCGAGAAGAUGUUUGACAAUGGCAAUUUCCGCCGCAAGAGGAAGCCCAAAUCCGAGUCCAACAACGCUAAAAUCGCCAAGAGGGAUGAGGAUCACUUGAACCCAAAAGGCAAAGAAAGUCCACCCAUGAUUACUCCCUCCUCCUCCCCCGAGGUUCUGUCUCCCACAGGCCAUAGCAAGAGCCCCUCUCCCCCAACUGUCACCUACACCCCCUGUCUGACCAACUUCAUUGGCAGCAUGACUGCCGUGGACUCAGCUACAAUGAACAGACAGAGUCCCCUGGGGCUUCUCAAUGAAUUAUCUCAGAGGAACAUCACAGGCUUGAGCAGCUUCAUUUCGGGCUCCGCAGUUGAUCAGAGCUCAGAACAUCAGGACAACAGUCUGUUCUACAACAGAAGCCCCUACUACACUAAUCAGAAGCAGCCACACUUCCUUCAGCAGCUCCACCCACAGCAGCCCCCUUUGUACCAGGGAAGGUAUUGACGUGUAGUUCUACAUGACAUUUGCAGACUGAGACUGGAUAUGAUGAUUGCAGGGCCCGGGACUGAAAUCUCAGAAUGACAUUUCCCAUGGGAGGAAAAAAAAAACAUGAGACUACUGCAAAUACCACCGUCCAUAGCUGGCUGAGGAUGCUGGGAAUUGUAGUUCACAAGUGUAGGGUAUCAGGGACGUCUGUAGCAAGAAGAUUCUUUUUCUUGUUCUCAAAAUGAUGCAGAUUUAUUUUAUAAGACAAAAGAAAUAGCUUUUUUUUUUGCAUUGUGAACGUGUAACCUGUAAAUAUAAAUAUAUUGUCAUUCAUAUGUUGUGACUUGUGUGUCACAUGGUUCUUUAUUUAUAAUAUUUUUUUAUAAUAAAAAAAAGAAAAUCAUCAA